AUGCCCCCACCUGAAACCAUGAACAAUGUUAGACUGCGCUACGCUGAAGAAGGCGUGCUAGAUGGAUAUGAUGUUCUGUACUUGGAUUUGUUCUCUCGUGAUUUUGACACUGAAAUGGAGCCGUACCAUCUUACACUUGAAGAAGCCCGCUUCUACUUCUAUGUGAGGGUUGUUCUUUCUUGUGAUCCCCUGCAUGGAAACUGCACAGUUCUCCGAGUACAAUUGCCAAAGGAUCAACUCUCUUAUACUAGGAUUGGGGACACCAAAUGGACUUGGAUUGAUGCAAAUCCAAAUUGUAGGGCUUAUCAAGAUAUACUUUAUAACAACAAUGAUGGUUUAUUUUAUGGUGUUUGUGUUAGGGGUGAGAUUGAUUCUAUUAAUCUUAAUGGAACUUCUGCUGAAGUAAAAGUCAUUUUAAAGUCAAUCAUAUCUUACCAAGCACAUAGUAGAUAUAUUGUUCAAGCACCAUGGGGAGAUUUUUUCCAGAUAUGGAGACAUGAUAAAUAUAAUAAGGAGAAUGGGAGAACAGAAGGGGUUGCCGACAAAUUUUUUGUGUACAAGAUUGAUUUUGUUGGACAAAAGAUAAUCGAAACAAAUAACCUCCAAGAUCAUGCAAAGUUCAUUGGUUUCAACAACUCGUUCCUUCUCCCAGUGAAAGACUUUCCUGCAUUGGUUCCCAAUAGCAUCUACCACACGGAUGACUUGCUUGAUUAUAUCUACUGUCACAGAUUUAGUCUUAGGCAGGUUGUUAUUUUUAAUAUGGAAGAUGGUAGUUUCAUCGAGUUAUCGCCCCCUAGUUCAAAUUCAAGAUUGAACUGGUCACCGCCAGUUUGGAUUCAAUCAUCACUCACUUGA